CAUAUUAAAAACUAUGUUUUUCAGUAUUUGAGGAGAAACUGUUAGAUUUCCGAGACCCAUUUUUUACAUAGAAAUAAACAAACAAAAUAAAAUAAGGAUUUUUUUUGCUGCUAAUUUUCUCCCAUCAGAUCACUGCAUAAUCAUAAUGCUGUUCCUCUUAUAUCAUCUUUGUUGAUCCAUUUUUUUUUCUCUCUCUUUCUCAAAGGUCCUGUGUCAGGGACUCUGAAGAGAGAGAUCACAAACAUCAAGUACUUACUACUUAGCACAAAAUUCACACAACUCGUGCCGGGGUUCAGAAAGACUGAAACUUUCUCCUUUAAAACUUGCUGGGUAUUAAUGAUCUUUGCCUCCCUGAGUCAUUACAUGAAGAUUCUCAACUUGGGUGUUCAAAAUGUUGGUUACUGAGGACAAGUCUCAUGUUGCUGUUGCUAUAGACAAUGAUGGCUGUUGUCACCGGAGCUCUGCCGGCGGUGAGGGGUGCUCCGACGCUAGCGACCGGACAGAUAAGGAGCAAAGGAGGUCCUCCCAUGUUUCUGGCACUGAGAUUGUGGGAGUGUGUGAGGAGAGAGGAUCAGAGUGUUCAGUGGAGGUGGAUCUGGUUCCUGAGGUUAAGGUGCAUUUGGCCAAUGAGGAGAGGGAUUGUAGGAUUUGCCAUCUCAGCAUGGAUAUGACCAACCAUGAAUCUGGGACUCCCAUUGAGUUGGGAUGUUCUUGCAAGGAUGAUUUGGCUGCUGCUCACAAGCAGUGUGCCGAGGCUUGGUUCAAGAUCAAGGGAAACAAAACUUGUGAAAUCUGUGGAUCAGUUGCACGCAAUGUAGCCGGAGCUAUUGAAAUUCAAAUGACAGAACAGUGGAAUGAGGCAAACGAUGCUUCCACGGCACCAUCAUCUGGACCGGCACCACUGGCAGAAACUCAAAAUUUCUGGCAGGGUCACCGUUUUUUGAAUUUUCUGCUAGCCUGUAUGGUGUUUGCCUUUGUCAUAUCCUGGCUUUUUCACUUUAAUGUGCCCUCUUGAAUUCCCGUGUAACUUGAGGAUGAAGCAGGUUAAGAUGAUGGGGGGUUAAUGGGUUAUUAGACCAAUCUAUGGCUCUUAACGCAGGUAUCAAACUCAAUACCUGUGCCUGCUUAGUUAGUUGGUUGGGAUCUGUGUAUUUCUUUCCAUAUGAUAUGAUGUUCACAGUGUAUUUGUAUUUGUUGUAUUAUAUGGUUGUUCUUAUUUUGCUCAGCUUAGAAUAGCACCAUGGAUGUUUAUCACUAUUUUCUUAAUUAAAUUUUUAUAUCAUUCUCGCUGCA